AUGCCUCCCGCAUCCGUCGCCGGAGCCCACGUCUGCCGCCUGUCCCUGACCUCCACGUACAGCAGAUUCUCGCUGCGCGCCUUCGCCAACCUCGUCGCGCCGUCCACGCACCCGGCGCCCCUGCGCUCCACCGGGCGCCCCUCCCCGGCCGCGCUCGUCGCGGGAACGCCUCGUCUGGCUGUUCGCGCCAUGGCCACCUCCCCCCUCAGCCUCACUCCGCCUCCAGAGGACGCUCCGCGCGUCGCCGUGCUCGGGGGCGGCGCCGCCGGCCUCGCCUGUGCCACCACGCUUGCGCAGGCCGGCGCGCGCGUCGACGUCUUCGAGGCCGGCCGCGGCGUCGGCGGCCGCAUGAGCACCCGCCGCGGGACCGUCAUCCAGCACGUCGCCGGCGACGAGACGGGCGCGGCCCUGGGGGAGUCCGAGGUAGAACUGGGGGAGUUUCUCAAGGGCGUGGAGUGGGACCACGGCGCGCCGUACUUCGUCGCCGAGAGCGAGGAGUUCAAGAGGCUCGUCGCGCAGUGGCAGGCGGCCGGCGCCGUCGCGCCGUGGACCGACGGCGGCGCGUUCGGCGCGUGCGAUGUCGCGACCGGCACGUUCACGCCAGGGGCGGUGAAACCCGAGGAGUCCCCUGACGCUGUGCGGUACGUGGGCGUGCCGCGGAUGAACUCGUUCUGCGCGGCGAUGGGCCAGACGCCCGGCGUCGAGGUCCUCACGGGCAGCAAGAUCGUCUCCGCGGAGAAGGGCGGCCCCGACCACGCCCCAGAGUGGACGCUCGAGCACACGACGGGCCGCGACAAGCCGAAUGCCACGCGCGGGCCCUACGCCGCCCUGGUGCUCUCCGACCGCACCUUCCAGACCGGCACGCAGUCCCUCGCGGAGAAGCUCGGCCUCGGCGCCUUCGCGGACGCCAUGAAGGCCGUCAACGGCCGCCCCGUCUUCUCCCUGCUUGCCGUUGUCGACACCGGGACUCCCGGCGACGGCAGCGCGAACGGCGCGGCCUGCGUCGGCGUCGCGUCCAGCGACGUCCUCGCCCUGGUCACCGCGAGCGGCACGAAGCCCGGGCGCCCCGCGCCGCAGCGGUUCGUCCCAGUCGUGGCCGUCAGCACAAUGGCGUUCGCGCAGGGGGUUGUUGACAAGCACGGUCUGACCGUGAGGGGGUCCCCGGAGCACCAGGCGAUGCUCGACGAGACCGCAAAGAGCAUGGCGGACGAGAUGGCCAAGGUCAUCGCCGCGGCGACCGGCAAGCCCGCACCGAAGAUUGUCUACCAGCAAGCGCACCGCUGGGGCGCGUGCUUCCCCGACAAGGCCGCGGCGCCGGAGGAGAAGUGCUUGUCCGAGGAAUCGAUGCGUGCGUAUGCCUGUGGGGACUGGUGCGUGUACCCGUCGGUGGAGGGGGCGUGCACGAGCGGGAUGGCGGCGGCGCGGAAGGUCAUUGCGGCGAUCGGCCUGAAGCCCAGCAGCGCGCUGUGA